GAAGGGGCCCGGAAGGAGGCGAACGGGGCCGCGACGCUGGGAGCCGGACGCCGCCGCCGCCGCGGUUUCUCAACCAGCGCCCGAACCCGAGUCCCAAGCGGCUGCGGAGGCCGGAGCGCGGCGGCCGGGCGGCCGGGCGGACGAGCGGGGCCGGGAGCCCAGGCCCGGCCGGCGGUCCCGCGCCGGGCGCGGUGGGUUUCUCCUGCCUGAGCUUGGGAAGGGGCGAGAAGGGAGGAAGGAGAGGCCGAGGCGUCCGGAUUUUCUGGGAGCCGAUGCGGAGGAAAAACCCACCCGAACUCCAGUCCACAAUAAUUGUCCACAAGGAAUAAGGGAGCAGUUUUUGUUUUGUGUUUUGUUUUUUUUUCAUUUUUGACCGGGAGCAAAAGAGAGAGAGGAGAGAGAGAGAGAGAAAGGGGGAGCGAGGGGAAGCGAAAUCUCCGUUUCAUGGAGGCUGAGGCGAGAGAACAUUUCGGAGCCUGGAUGUGGAGCUGCAGAGCAGCAGAAGUAACUCAGGAAAUCGCCUUCCCGAAAAAGGCCGCACGUAGGCUGGGUCUGAGGGUCAGGCUGAGGUAGGUGCAGGGACCUGCAAGUUUAAAGGGGAGAGAGAGAGAGAAAGAGAGAGGGAGGGAUAUUUCCAGAGGUCCCCUCCGCUCUGUGGGGGCAGUGCUACCAUUUUAAAAUGGUUAAAAGCCUUUCAGGUGUUCUGUGAUUUUUGUUGUUGUUGUUUGUGGGUGAUUGGCUCAUUCCAGAAUUUGAGGCUCUUUAACGUAAAAACUUCCCUUUUAAAAUUUUUAUUUUUCAAAGAAAAUCCACCGAUUUUUAUUCCCAGGGUUGGGAAUGGUUGCACUGGACUAGUAAGGAGUGUUGCAGUGUACAUACUAUUGUAUGGUUUUAAUUUAUUUUUUUUAAUUGUAUAAAUCACCUGGAAGAUUUUUUUUCCCCCAAGUGUCAUUUCGGAUUUAUUCGUCUUAUUUUUUUUUCUUCCCUUCCCUCAAAUAAUUCUGCUGUUGUCAUUUUAAACAUUGGAGAUCAGAGAAAAAUUUUCCCCCCACCUUUUGGAGCUUGAGGCUUCCUUGCCAACAGAAGGACAGCUGGGAAAACUGGAUUAAAAGGAUGGUUUUUAUCUGUGUUUUGCAGUUAAGACUGAUAUUUUGAAGGCACAUUCUUUAUGUGGUUCAUUUUUUUUUUCAGCCCACAGUGCUAAACUUGAAGAGAUUUGUGGUUGGGAUUUUGGUUUUUAAGAAGGUCAUAGUUUUUCCUCUUUUCUUUUCGUGUUUUUUUAAGGGGGGGAGGGGAAAGGGGCCAAGAAAGGAGAACAUGUUAGCUGGUAGAAGUAGAAUGGAGUUGCAGUCACCCGGGUCCUGAGAACUGGAAGGAAAAAGGAUCCAGUCUUCAAGUUGGGUGUCCCUCCUCUCACCUUUCUUAAAAAUUGCGACAAGAUUUAGUCCUGAUCAAGACCUUGAGGCUUCAAGAUUCUGGAACCCUGGAGACACCGCGAAACCAUGAGUGUAAGGUUACCUCAGAGUAUAGACAGGUUAAGUAGCCUGUCUUCUCUGGGAGAUUCCACAUCUGAACGCAAGUCCCCUUCCCACCAUCGCCAGCCCUCUGACACCUCUGAGACAACAGGUCUCGUUCAACGCUGCGUCAUCAUCCAAAAGGACCAGCAUGGCUUUGGCUUCACAGUCAGUGGGGAUCGCAUUGUCCUGGUACAGUCUGUACGGCCUGGAGGUGCAGCUAUGAAAGCUGGUGUGAAAGAGGGAGACCGGAUUAUCAAAGUCAACGGUACCAUGGUGACCAAUAGUUCACACCUGGAGGUGGUGAAGCUUAUCAAAUCUGGUGCCUAUGUUGCACUGACCCUCCUGGGUUCUUCACCUUCAUCUGUUAGUGUCUCUGGGCUCCAGCAGGACCCAUCCCUGGCAGGAGCUCCUCGAAUUACUCCUGUGAUACCACCACCACCACCGCCUCCACCCCUGCCACCUCCACAACGCAUCACAGGACCCAAACCUCUGCAGGAUCCUGAAGUUCAAAAACAUGCUACCCAGAUCCUCAGGAAUAUGCUGAGGCAGGAGGAAAAGGAAUUACAGCAUAUCUGUGAGGUGUAUAGCCGGAACCCUGCCAGCCUGCUGGAAGAGCAGAUCGAAGGUGCCCGGCGACGAGUCACUCAGUUACAGCUGAAGAUCCAGCAGGAGACUGGUGGCUUAGUGGACAUACUUCCACUCUAUGGUGACAGCAGCCAGAGACCAUCAGAAGGCCAUUUCUCUCUGGAUUCCCAGGAGGCAGACAGUGGCUUGGACUCUGGGACAGAACGCUUUCCCUCUGUCAGUGAAUCAUUGAUGAAUCGGAACUCAGUACUGUCAGACCCUGGACUAGACAGCCCUCGCACCUCCCCUGUGAUCAUGGCCAGGAUUGCCCAGCACCACAGGCGGCAGGGCUCUGAUGCACCAGUCCCCCCAUCCAGUGACCAGGCGGUAGAUCAAAGCUUAAAGCCUUUAAUUAUUGGACCAGAGGAAGAUUAUGACCCCGGUUAUUUCAACAACGAGAGUGACAUCAUCUUCCAGGAUCUUGAAAAACUGAAGUCACAUCCAGCUCACCUGGCAGUUUUUCUCCGCUAUAUCUUCUCUCAAGCAGACCCCAGUCCACUGCUUUUUUACUUGUGUGCAGAAGUAUAUCAGCAGACAAACUCCAAGGAUUCCCGAAGCUUGGGAAAAGACAUCUGGAAUAUUUUCCUAGAGAAAAAUGCGCCUCUCAGAGUGAAGAUCCCAGAGAUGUUACAAGCUGAGAUUGACUUUCGCCUGCGGAACAGUGAGGACGCUCGGGGUGUUCUAUGUGAAGCUCAGGAGGCAGCCAUGCCAGAGAUCCAGGAGCAGAUUCACGACUACAGAACAAAGCGCACUCUGGGGCUAGGCAGCCUAUAUGGUGAGAAUGACCUGCUAGACCUGGACGGGGACCCUCUGAGAGAGCGUCAAAUAGCUGAAAAGCAACUGGCUGCCCUUGGAGAUAUCUUGUCCAAAUACGAGGAAGACAGAAGUACUCCCAUGGGCUUUGCUCUAAAUACUUACAUGAGCCAUGCUGGGAUCCGCCUUCGCGAGGUACGACCCUCCAAUAUUGCUGAAAAGACCCAGUCUGCUCCUGACAAGGACAAGUGGCUGCCUUUCUUCCCUAAGGCUAAGAAGCAGAGCAGCAAUUCUAAGAAAGAAAAAGAUGCCUUGGAGGACAAGAAGCGAAACCCCAUUCUCAAGUACAUUGGAAAGCCCAAAAGCUCUUCUCAGAGCACAUUUCAUAUUCCCUUGUCCCCUGUGGAAGUCAAGCCAGGCAAUGUGAGGAACAUCAUUCAGCACUUUGAGAACAGCCAACAGUAUGAUGCCCCAGAACCAGGGACGCAACGACUCUCAACAGGAAGUUUUCCUGAGGAUCUGCUGGAGAGUGACAGUUCACGCUCAGAGAUUCGCCUGGGCCGCUCUGAGAGCCUCAAGGGCCGAGAAGAGAUGAAGCGGUCCCGGAAGGCCGAGAAUGUGCCUCGUUCUCGAAGUGAUGUUGAUAUGGAUGCUGCGGCCGAGGCCACUCGCCUCCACCAGUCAGCCUCAUCCUCUGCCUCCAGCCUCUCUACUAGGUCUCUUGAGAACCCAACCCCUCCUUUCACCCCCAAAAUGGGCCGCAGGAGUAUUGAGUCCCCCAGCUUGGGGUUCUGCACAGAUGUUCUCCUUCCCCACCUCCUGGAGGAUGAUCUGGGCCAGCUGUCUGACCUGGAACCAGAGCCCGAUGCCCAAAAUUGGCAGCACACAGUGGGCAAGGAUGUGGUGGCAGGGCUGACCCAGAGGGAGAUUGAUCGGCAAGAGGUCAUCAAUGAGCUGUUUGUGACCGAAGCUUCCCACCUGCGCACACUUCGGGUCUUAGACCUCAUCUUCUACCAGCGAAUGAAGAAAGAAAACCUAAUGCCACGGGAGGAGCUGGCCCGGCUCUUCCCUAACCUGCCAGAACUCAUAGAGAUUCACAAUUCCUGGUGUGAAGCCAUGAAGAAGCUCCGGGAGGAGGGCCCCAUCAUCAAAGACAUCAGUGACCUCAUGCUGGCUCGAUUUGACGGUCCUGCUCGAGAAGAACUCCAGCAAGUGGCUGCACAGUUCUGUUCCUACCAGUCAAUAGCCCUAGAGCUGAUCAAGACCAAGCAGCGCAAGGAGAGCCGAUUCCAGCUCUUCAUGCAGGAAGCUGAGAGCCACCCUCAGUGCCGGCGACUACAGCUUAGAGACCUCAUCAUCUCUGAGAUGCAGCGGCUCACCAAGUAUCCCCUGCUCCUGGAGAACAUCAUCAAGCACACAGAGGGUGGCACAUCUGAGCAUGAGAAGCUAUGCCGGGCCCGGGACCAGUGCCGGGAGAUUCUCAAAUUUGUGAAUGAAGCAGUAAAGCAGACAGAGAACCGGCACCGAUUAGAGAGCUACCAAAAACGUCUGGAUGCCACUGCUCUGGAAAGGGCCAGCAAUCCUCUGGCAGCAGAAUUCAAGAGCCUGGAUCUUACAACCAGGAAGAUGAUCCAUGAGGGACCUCUGACUUGGAGGAUAAGCAAGGAUAAGACCUUGGACCUCCAUGUGCUGUUGCUAGAGGACCUGCUAGUGCUCCUGCAGAGACAGGAUGAGCGGCUGCUGCUUAAGUGCCACAGCAAGACAGCCGUGGGCUCCUCAGACAGCAAGCAGACCUUCAGCCCCGUUCUGAAGCUCAAUGCUGUGCUCAUCCGCUCUGUGGCCACAGAUAAACGGGCAUUCUUCAUCAUCUGUACCUCCGAACUGGGCCCUCCUCAAAUUUAUGAACUGGUCGCAUUGACAUCAUCAGACAAGAACACAUGGAUGGAACUCUUAGAAGAGGCCGUGCGGAACGCCACCAGGCACCCUGUGGCUACCCCAACACCCAUUCACCCCCCACCUCCAGGCCCCCAGGAACCAGUCCAUCAGGACCCCAGUCCCAGCAGGGUAGGACUAGAUGACUCAGAAGUAUACCAAAGUAAGCGAGAACUUGAGGAGCCACCUGGAGGCACUGGACCCCAGCAGGGAACCCAAGGAAAGCCAGAGAAGCCUGAGCAGGAGGGCAGUCCAGAGAAAGAGGAGCUGCGAACCCCUUCUCACCCUUCCCUCUGCCCGUAUGGAGAGAACAUGGACAUCAGGACAAGGGAUCCUGUCCACCUGGCCCUCCCAGGCCCUCUGUUCAUGGAAGGACUCGCUGAUUCAGCCCUGGAAGAUGUGGAGAACCUGCGACACCUGAUCCUCUGGAGCCUGCUUCCAGGUCACACCACGGAGACUCAGGCCGCAGGGGAGCCCGAGGACGACCUGACACCUACUCCUUCUGUCAUCAGCAUGACCUCUCACCCCUGGGACCCAGGCUCCCCAGGGCAAGCUCCUACUGGGGGUGAGAGGGACAGUGCCCAAGUUCCAGGGCCAGAGAGAAGCCAUCCAGGACAGGAGGACGAAGCUUUCUGUUCUCUAGCACAUCUUCCCCCAAGGACUAGGAAUUCUGGUAUCUGGGAGUCUCCCGAGCUGGAUAGUUCAGCUGAACAGACUGCAAGUGCAGAAGCAGCAGGAAGUUACAAGGUUGUGAGAAAAGCUGAGGUGUCAGGCAACAAACUUGUCCCUGGACUACCAGAGCGUGGCCAGUCAGAGUCUGAGCCACCUGAAGUGGAAAGCGGAACACAGGCUACGGGAAACUGUUUUUAUGUCAGCAUGCCAGCAGAACCCCUGGACUCAAGCACUGACCCUACAGGGGCACCCACAGGCCCCCGACAACCUGACAGCCUCCCUACCUGGCACACAGAGCCUCCACCCCAGCUACGAGAUGACAGUAGAGAUCAAAGACACCCCAGUUGCUCUCCCCCAAACCUGGCCCUUAGAGACAUGGGCAUGAUCUUCCGUACCAUCGAGCAGCUCACCCUCAAACUCAAUAGGCUCAAGGACAUGGAGCUGGCCCACAGAGAGCUGCUCAAGUCCCUUGGGGGAGAGUCGUCUGGUGGUACCACGCCUGUGGGUAGUGUCCACACAGAAGCAGCCAGAUGGACAGAUAGCUCCCUCUCACCUCCAGCCAAGGAAGCCCUGGCCUUGGACUCCCAGAACAGCCAUGAACUGGGAACCUGUCCUGAGGAUGGCUGUGACAGCCCCCCAGAAGACAGCACCACAGACAGAGCUGCGUCACCAGGACCCUAGCCAUCCAAACUACACCCUGUGUGUCUCCUCUCUGUCAGGGGCUGGCUUGAAACAGGGCACAGCAGAGGGACACCCCAAAUGUCCUCCCUGUGGAAGAAGCGGUUUGGAGAAACAUGGAGCUGAGGUUUGGGAACAGACCUGCAUGUUAAUUGGUCUGCUCAGAUUGGAGUCAAAUUCCAGUCUCAUCCUCUCCCUUUAACCCAGUCCUCCAAGGCCUCAGCGCCCUACGCAUGCUGACCACAUCUGAAGGGUCCUGCUCACACUCAGAGUGGCCCCCUCGCCCUACACAGCAGGCGCACGCAGUACAGGUGCUGUGUGCAGUACCCCCAGGUGUGCAGGCGAUGGGAGGAGGCUUUGGUGUGUAUGCACUUUCUUCCUCCUGCUCCACAGGCCCCAGACAGUGCUGGGUGCCGUCCCCGUCUUCGACACUUUGGUUUCCUAUAAAUAUGUAUGUAUUGUAUGUGCAUCUUUGCUAUUGUAAAUAACUUGACCUUUUUCAUUUCUGUCCCUGGAGUGCUGAAGGCAAUGACAGGGAGACUGGCAAGAGAAGAGGGCUUCACUGAAUCUCUAGUCAGCAACCCAGCUCCAGGGUCAGGGCCUGAAUGCAGAGCCAGACCAGACUGUACCUGUCCCCUGGCAGGAAGGUCUUGAAGCCUCCAGUUCCACCUAGCUCCAGAGCUCCCUCUGUGGCGUGGGACUUGCUGUGGGCACAAGGAGACAGAACCCAUGGGGAACUUCUUGCCCCGUCUUUGUCCACCCUUCCCCACCUACUCCCAUCGAAAACCAAUGUAGCAGGUAUGGAACUGAAAGCAGACCCCAGGAGGUGCAUAGGGAAUUUGAGUGCUGGAAUCCCUGAACUAACCCUAAGACCUUCCCAGGGGCCCAGCCGCUCAUCCUCACUCCUCUCCCCACUGAUGAAUAUACACACUGUGCUAGGUGUAUAUAUACAUAUAUAUAUAAAUAUAUAUAUAAUAUAUAAAAUAUAGAUAUGGAAAUGACUGUUUUGCUGUUAAGAUAAUGUAUACUCUUAUUUUCUUCCUUUCAUGGUUAAGAUUUUUUUUAAAGAAAAGUUAAA